GAGUGUGAUGAUGUUGAUGCUGUUCAUAAGUUAGUAAAAGUUGAUUAUUUUGGGGGUGGUGAAGAUGAUUCAAGUGACAAGUGUUCUGUUCCAGAGUAUAAGCAUGAUUUAGUUAAAAAUGCUGAGCCUCUGAUUUCUAUGGAGCCACUGAAACCGUGGAUAACUUUGAAGAGGAAUUUGAAGAACAUAAAGUACCUUUCUUCAAUGGUGGAUAUAAGCUUUAAGAGAAGGUAUGUGUAUGUUGAUGUUGGAGCCAGAAGCUACGGUUCUAGUAUAGGAUCUUGGUUUAGGAAACAAUACCCGAAGCAGAACAAGACCUUUCAUGUGUAUGCGAUCGAGGCUGAUAGGACUUUUCAUCCGGAAUAUGGGUUGAAGAAAGCGGUUACUUUGGUUCCUUUUGCUGCGUGGGUGAAGAAUGAGACCUUGACUUUCGAGAUUCAUCGUGACCCUGGCGAGCAGGUUGAGGUUAAAGGUAGGGGGAUGGGUAGGAUUCAGCCUCUACAGGGUUCUAGUUCAGAGGACUUUGAUGGCGAAGUGGAGAAGAUAAAAGGUUUUGAUUUUGCUGCUUGGUUGAAAAAUACUGUUUCAAAGAAUGAUUUUGUGGUGAUGAAGAUGGAUGUGGAGGGCACUGAAUUUGAUUUGAUUCCAAGGCUGUUUGAAACUGGUGCUAUAUGUUUGGUAGACGAGAUUUUCCUAGAAUGUCAUUAUAAUAGGAAAACCAUAUAUUUUUUCUGUAACAUUCUUGUCUUCCCUUUAACCUGUUUACAAUUUUCAUCUUCAGAGUUGUUUUUACUUUAAAACCCCAGCCAAUAGAGAUGAUUGUGUUCCAAAUUUAUUCCCAUGUAACAGUUUCAAUUGAAAAUGAAUUAAUUCCCUUAAAGUCAUCGAAACUUUGUUGGAUAAAUCUUCUUUACCCCCAUAUAGAUACAUAUAGAUAUGAAUAGUUGGAUACUGUAAUCUUAGUUUUAUCUCAGAAGAGAAUUUGAUUCU